UUCCCUCCCCCCGCCUUCCAAAAAUAUUCCCAGUUCUUUAUAUGAUCAUCAUCAUCACAAUCCCCUUAUGCAAGAAACAAUCCCCUUCACCACGCACAUCCCGCCGGCCGCACCCGCCGGCGACGGCGGCGCCACCGUCGACGUUAAGAAGCUGGUGGUGGAGAACUCGAUCAUCGUGGUCGGGAAGCGAGGGUGCUGCAUGUGCCACGUGGUGAAGCGCCUGCUGCUGGGCCUGGGGGUCAACCCGACCGUGUUCGAGGUCGACGAGCCCGAGGAAGGCCACGUGGCGGAACAGCUGUCGUCGCUGGUCGAUGACGGCGGCGAGGUGCAGUUCCCGGCCGUGUUCGUCGGCGGGAAGCUGUUCGGCGGGCUGGAAAGGGUGAUGGCCACUCAUAUCUCCGGUGAGUUGGUCCCGAUCUUGAAGGACGUUGGGGCUUUGUGGCUAUAACCGGCCCCUGCCGUCACCGCCGGCUGCCGGCCGGUUCCGGGUUAAUAUUGUAAUCAAUUAAUUAGCGAAUUAGUCUCCCUGAUUCCUAAUUAGUUUUUAAUUAAUUAAUCAGUGGCUGUUGGAUUUUGACUCUCUCUUUUCCCUUCUUUUGGGAGUGAGGAUUCACCAGAUUUUUAGCUUUCUCAUAUGGUUGAUUAUAAGUUAAACUCGGUGAUAUAGUAUUUAGUUUUGGUAUAAUAUUAUGAAUAUUUAUGAGAAUCGUUGUACAAAUAAUGAUUCGAAUUAUUAAUUAGCUCUCAAAUUGUCUUCUAUAUUUAAUUUUUACUUGUUGGAUCCGAUAACAUAGAAUGUAAGAAGAAGGUGAUUUAGUGAUGCUAAAUAUAUAUGUUUAAACGUACAAUAUUAGACUUUCAAGCUCCAGUUAUGUUCAUAUAUAGUCAUCAGGCAGUAAAAUUUUUAUUAUGUGAUGUCAUCCAUUGAAUUAACGGCAGAUUCUUUCGUCAUUCCGCAUAUUAAAUUUGAAAAACUUAUGAGAAAUUUGAUAAUGGCUGUAUAAAUUAAAAUCAUUAAA